AAAUUCUGUUCUCACUUUACACAUUUUAUAUGAUCUGUAUUGAGGUCUACCUUUUUUAUUUUAAAACUUUAUAAGGCAAUAUUUAAGUUUAAUUAGUAUAUGGGGAAUUAUUUGUGAUUAAGAGUUCCAUAGUUUCGUAUAUGUAUUUUUUACAACAUUAUUUAACAGCCUUAAUGUUGUUUUUUAACAUAAAUAGUUUCAAGAUGAAUACAUUGUUUAAUGUUAUGUUCACUAAUUUGAUUAUUGGACUGAUCGUUCUGACUGUGAAUUGUCAAAGACGGUGCGACCAGAUUGACCUAUGUUCCUGCAAAAUGGACGAUGGAAGUAUAUUGGAUCUAACAAGUUUAGGUAAUACAGAUAACACACCAAGGUUCAAGGACGUUCAGUGUGCAGCAGAAAUGAACUUCUAUUCUUUCAACCCCUGUCAACCAUUCACUGAAAAGAGUUGUACGGACGCUGCCGUGUGCAUAUUGAACCCUGACCUUACCGAGUCCAUCUCCAUUGGCGACGCAGCGAAGGCUGCUUUCCAGUACAACCAGGAACAACAGGCCGUGAUUGUAGCCUACACUUCCGGUACCAUCGUAGACCUUAAGUUAUCCGAGAUCGUUUUGAAAUGUGACGAAAGCGCUUGUACACCAAGCAUCGUGGCAAACGGACAACAGUCCGCUGGAGACUUUCAAUUGACAUUGACCACAGUUUGCGCAUGCCCAAACGGAUGUGACGCAAAAGGACCGAAAAGAUGCAAAAAUUCUGGUGCUGGAAGUCUAUCUGCAGGCUCUUAUUUAUGCAUUAUUUUCUUCAUUGUGAUUAUCUUAUAUCUGAUCGGUGGACUGAUCUUUAUGAAGUUCGUACGCAAGAAGGACGGCAUUGAGAUAUUCCCUCACAUCACGUUCUGGCGUUCCGUUCCUGUGCUCGUUCAGUCUGGAGCAAAAUUUACCGUCAGCAAAGUGACCCGGAAAGAAGUGACCUAUGACAAAAUUUAGAAACUCACUUCGAAAAAAUUUCCGGAACAAUUGAAUUGUAUCGAAACGUCUCGGGUGUAAACUGUUUUUGUAAAAUAAAAAAGACAGUUCAAUGUAUACUGUUUUCGGGUGCACAUAAUUAUUAUUGUGUCGACGUCCAACAGAAAAGUUUAAUAGCUCUCUAAACAUAUGCUGUAUCUCUUUUAAAAUAAAACACCCGACAUUCUC